AUGUCCACAAUCGCAUCCCCCCGCGAACCGCCAGCCCUCACCCGCCGCGUCUCAGCACAACCACACACCCCGACAUCCUCAACCAGACCCUCUCUCGACACCCCCCGCUCCCUCACGAGCUCCCCGAACCCAGGCUCCUCCGCGACUUUCGGGAACGGGACCGGUCCCGGGGGCGCAGCGGCAGCGGCGCCAUCAGGCGGACCCUCGAAGCGCGCGAACCGAGCCGCCCUCCGCGAGUACUACAACCUCAAAAAGGCCGCCGCGGCCGGCGGGAACGGCACGCCCCCUUCGCUAGAAAUCACAGAAGACCACGAACGCCACGUGGAGCACUCCGAGGUCCCACCCAGCGAGCUCGACAGCCCGACUUUUGACGCCGAGGCGUACGUGCGCAAGGCGCUGGCGGAGAACACGCUCGACGAUUUAUUGAGGGUGUAUACCCGCGUGCUGGGCGAGAUCAGGGCGCUGGACGCGGAGAAGAAGGCCCUGGUGUAUGAUAAUUACUCCAAGCUCAUUUCCGCGACGGAGACGAUUCGCAAGAUGCGCGCAAAUAUGGACCCCCUGAACCCCAUGGCCUCGACUCUCGACCCCGCGAUCGCGGGCAUCUACGCCCAGGCAAGCUCAAUUCGCGAGGCGCUGCGCAAGACAGUCGCGCCGCCGGCGUCCAAGGAGGGGGAGGGCGAGGACGAGGCGGCGGCGGCGACGCGGAGUAGGACGCGGGAGCUCGCGAGGGAGGUGCUGGGGACACCCGAGAAGCUGCGAAGGCUGGUGAAGGAGGGCAAGGUUGAGGAGGCGCGGCGGGCGUGGGAGAUGCCGCGGCGACUACUUGAGGUUUGGAAGGAGAAGGGCGUCGGCGGGAAGGAUGUUGCCGAGUGUCUUGAAGAGGGGGAUGCGGCGCUGAGGGCUGGUGGCUCUGGGGAGAGCAGUGUGAGGGCUUCGAAGGAUAGCGUGAGAUCCUGA